UGUUAAGUGCCGAUACUUCUGCUAAGUGUUGAGUACUUUUGUUAAGUUUGAAGCCGCACGUGUUGAGCGAGAAUUGCAUUUCAGAAUAAUUGGUUUGAAAAGAAAACAACUAUGAAGGUAGCAACGAAAAAAGUGAAGUCCUUGGACAAAAUAAAGCCGAAAAAGGCAGUCAUCAAGAAAAAGCAACAGUCAGAGGAGAUCCCAAAGCUACCAAAGGUCGUGAAGAAAACAAAGCAAAGCAAAGUUGAAAAGCAGCCAAAGAAGAAGGUGGCAAAGAAGUUACAGAAACAGGAUCUGGAAGGUCUGAAGGAUAUAGAUCCUGAGUUCUAUGAUUUUCUUAAAAAGAACGACAAGGAAUUGCUGGAUUUUAACCUUAUGGACAGCGAUGAUGACGAUGACGAGGAGGAGGAGGAUGAACAGCAAAAGGAAGAUGCUGCUGAGGACAGCGAAGAAGAUGAUGCCAAGUAUCACAAACCCAGCAACGAUCUGGCAGUGGCCAGUGAUGAAAGUGACUUCGAAGGAGAUGACGAUGAUGAAGAAACAGCUGGUGCCGGUGGUGCACAGAAAAUAACACUCAAUAUGCUGCGUCAAUGGGAGCUGGAACUGGCCAAGCCCAAUGUAUCCAUUGAGGCAGUACGUCAGGUCAUUCAAGCGUUCAAUUCCGCCUUAGCCAGCAUUAGUGCCGAUGCCGAGGGUGUGCAGGCCAAUGCUGCCGCCUACAAAGUUGUUGGCGCCGCCACCUUCAAUGGUGUCAUCCAACUCUGUGUGCUUCAUCUACAGCCAGCCAUAAUCAGAGUGUUGGGCGUCAAGCCUAAUAGUAGUCUACCUUUGCACAAGCACAAGAAGUGGGUGAAGGUGCGUGGUUGCCUGCGGUAUUAUUUGGGUGAUUUGAUACGCCUCGUGGAACAGGUGUCCAGCUCGAAUAUAUUGAAUGUGCUGCUCAAGCAUCUGCAUCAAAUGGCGGGCAUGGUGGCACCCUUCACAUCGCUGGGCAAGACUAUACUAAAGCGUCUCAUAGUGCUCUGGGCAACAGGUGACGAAACAGUGCGUGUGUUGGCUUUUCUAUGCAUACUCAAGAUCACACGAAAACAGCAGGCUACCAUGUUGAAUCACGUUUUGAAAGCCAUGUAUCUAGCUUAUGUGAGGAAUUCCAAAUUCGUUUCGCCAAAUACUUUGCCUGGCAUCAACUUCAUGCGUCGUUCGUUGGUUGAGAUGUUCGCUCUGGAUUUGAAUGUUAGCUACCAGCAUGCUUUCCUCUACAUCCGCCAGCUGGCUAUACAUCUGCGUAAUGCAGUCAUCUUGAAGAAGAAGGAUAGCUUCCAAGCCGUUUACAAUUGGCAGUUUAUCAAUUCGCUGCGUCUCUGGGCGGAUUUGCUAGGAGCCAGCGCAAAUAAACCGCAGCUCCAACCACUUAUCUAUCCACUGGUGACCAUUGCUACGGGUGUGGUUCGUUUAAUACCGACAGCUCAGUAUUUUCCGCUACGUUUUCAUUGCCUGCAGUCGCUUAUCUCACUGGCCAAGGAGACACACACCUAUGUGCCUGUGCUGCCACUCAUUGUGGAGGUGCUGCGCAGCAAUACCUUCAACAGAAAACACACUUCGGUGUCCAUGAAGCCUCUUCAAUUUACUUGCAUUCUGCGUUUAAACAAAUCGCAACUGGCGGAGAAUGGUUUCCGGGAUGAGGUCGUGGAGCAGGUAUGCGGCCUGCUCUUGGAGUACUUAGCUCAUGAGUCGGCUACGCUGGCCUUUAGCGAUCUGGUUGUGCCGGUGGUCAUGGCUCUAAAGGCUUACCUUAAGGAGUGCCGUAAUGCCAACUAUGUGCGAAAACUGAAACAGCUGCUGGAGAAGAUUCAAGAAAGCAGUCGCUUCAUUGAGCAACAGCGCAGCAAGAGCAGCGUUACAUUCGACCUAAAGGAUGCUCAGGCAGUGCAGGCAUGGGAGCAACAGGUGCGCAACAAGAGCACCCCCUUGGACAUCUACUAUGCCAGCUGGUUGAAGACGCACGAAACGAAGAAGCGACGUCAAGCUGCUCAAACGGAUGACAUCAAUGCCGACUACGAUGUGCCCAAGUUGAAGCGACCGGCAGCCAAGACAGGUGUGCCGGUGCGCAAUGAGGAUGGUGAACUUGAGUUGUUCCCGUCCGAUUCAGAAGAUGAUGCAGCGGGCUUGCCCAAUGACGACGAUGACGGUAGCGAUUCAGAGGUCGAGCAACCGCAGCCGAAGAAACCGAAACGCAAACAGGAGAAGGCGAAGGAACAGCAUGUGGAAGUGGCGCCUGUGGAACCCGCAGAUGAUUACGACGAAGCUGCCACAGCUGUAGAUAUUGUCAAAGAUUUAGAUUUGAAUGACUGGUAAAAAGGAAAAACCGAUUGUAGCAUAAAAAUAAACUAGACAUACGUAUAUUAACAAAUUAAUCCA